AUUUCGGUGCACGAUCCCCAUCUCAACCAUCAUCGUUCUCUUCCUCUUCUUCUUCGACAUCGUAACAACACAAUCGCUCACAAGGGCGUUCCCUUUCUCUCUCUGUCUCUUUCUCUCUCUCUUUCGCAUCGAGCUUCGACAUCACGAAGGAGAGAGAAAGGGUUUGAGAGGGAGAGAAAGAGAGGGGGUGGGGAGGGAGAAGCGAUGGGGACGAGGGGUUUGGUAGCGGCGAUGGCUCUGAUGCUGUGUUUCGGCGUCGACCGUGUCGUAUCGGAUGCGUCGGAUCACCGCUACAAGGCGGGGGAUCCGGUGCCCCUUUACGCCAACAAGGUCGGCCCCUUCCAUAACCCUAGUGAGACAUAUCGGUACUAUGAUCUUCCGUUCUGCUCUCCAGAACAUGUAAAAGAGAAGUCGGAAGCGCUCGGUGAAGUUUUGAAUGGAGACCGCCUUGUUGAUGCUCCUUACAAGCUUGAUUUUCGCGUGGACAUCGAUUCCAAAUUGGUAUGCAAGAAGAAGCUAACAAAAGAGGAUGUAUCCCAAUUUAGAACUGCAGUCACCAAGGACUACUACUUUCAAAUGUACUACGAUGACCUACCAAUAUGGGGGUUCAUUGGCAAGGUUGAUAGGGAGGGCAAGACUGAUCCAAGCGAGUUCAAAUAUUUCCUUUUUAAGCAUAUCAAUUUUGAUGUCCUCUACAACAACGAUCGCGUUAUUGAAAUCAAUGCCUACACGGAUCCUAAUGCUUUGGUGGAUAUCACGGAGGACCAGGACAUUGAGGUGGAGUUCUUUUACUCAGUGAAGUGGAAGGAGACAACCACGCCUUUUGAGAAGAGGAUGGAGAAGUACUCGCAAACAUCUUCGCUGCCACACCACUUAGAGAUCCAUUGGUUCUCGAUCAUAAACUCGUGUGUGACGGUUCUGUUACUGACAGGGUUCCUCGCUACAAUUCUCAUGAGGGUGCUUAAAAAUGACUUUGUCAAGUAUACUCAUGAUGAGGAAUCAGCUGAAGAUCAAGAGGAGACUGGAUGGAAAUAUAUACAUGGUGAUGUCUUUAGGUUUCCGACGAAUAAAUCACUCUUUGCUGCUUGCAUUGGAUCUGGAACACAACUGUUUGCUCUUACUGUUUUCAUAUUUAUUCUUGCUCUGGUUGGUGUAUUCUACCCAUACAAUAGAGGAGCUCUUUUCACUGCAUUAGUUGUUAUUUAUGCACUCACAUCUGGCAUUGCUGGUUAUGUUGCCACCAAUUUCUACUGCCAACUUGAAGGAACAAACUGGGUUAGGAAUUUGCUUUUAACAGGGUGCCUCUUUUGUGGGCCUCUAUUUCUCAAUUUCUGCUUCCUCAACACUGUCGCCAUCGUGUACAGUUCUACAGCAGCAUUGCCAUUUGGAACUAUUUUAGUUAUUCUCCUCAUAUGGACACUCGUAACCUCACCUCUGCUUGUUCUGGGCGGCAUCGCUGGUAAAAACAGCAACGUAGAAUUCCAAGCUCCUUGCCGCACCACCAAGUAUCCUAGAGAGAUUCCGCCACUGCCUUGGUAUCGUGGUACCAUCCCACAAAUGGCAAUGGCUGGUUUUCUUCCAUUCAGCGCCAUUUACAUUGAACUUUACUAUAUCUUUGCUAGUGUAUGGGGUCACAAGAUCUACACAAUCUACAGCAUCCUCUUCAUAGUCUUCAUUAUUCUACUUAUUGUGACUGCCUUCAUUACAAUUGCAUUGACCUACUUUCAACUUGCUGCUGAAGACCAUCAAUGGUGGUGGAGGGCACUCCUUUGUGGUGGAUCGACUGGCUUAUUUAUCUACGGUUACUGUUGGUACUACUACUAUGCUCGGUCCGACAUGUCAGGGUUCAUGCAAACAUCCUUCUUCUUCGGUUACAUGGCCUGCAUCUGCUACGGUUUCUUCCUGAUGCUCGGAACAGUUGGCUUCCGUGCCGCCUUGUUCUUUGUCCGUCACAUAUACCGGUCUAUCAAAUGUGAAUAAUAGGUCAGCUCUAUCUAUAUCAUGUUUAGGUACGCUAUCCUUUCGCUUUUAUAUUUAUCUUUGUCUUAGGGAAAUAUUUUGCUAUUCGGGGUAGUAGUAUGGAAUUUCACAGGACGCGGAGCAAUAGCAGCUAAUGGGCCUGUUAAAUCAUCUUAUUUGGACACUCAGUUGGACUUUCACUGCUUGUUGUUUUGGUUGUAUCAAUUAUACUAUUCUAGUGGGCUUCUACUUAAAUCUCUGAGAAAAGUAGUAUGUAUUAUUAUAUUGUUUUGCAUAUUUUAGAAAUUUUUUUGUUCUUUUGCAUUUUGGAUCCAAAAUAUUUAUGACCACCUCUACAAAUUUUUCUUCUUGAA